AUGCCGCCAGCUAACACGGGCGGGCAGAUGGGCGGGCAAGCGGGCGGGCAGGUGGGCGGGCAGGUGGGCGGCAGUGUGUUGUUAGUGGAGGGAACAGUGUCAGGGUUCGCGCAGCAGUGGAUGGUGGAGCACCGCAUGUCUCUGGUCUUCAAUGUCAAGCGCUCGCUGCUGGAGAGAGUGGCGCGCUGCACGGGAGCUAAAGUGGCCCAGUCCGCUGAGACCCUUGACAGGCUGGGGCAGUGCCAGCGGUUCUGGACGAGGAAGUUUGUGGAGGAGUGGGAUGCGGUGGGGAGCGGUGGCGGUGGGGUGGGGCCACAGGCUGGUGUGGGGGGAGGCAGGGGGAGGGGGGCUGCGACGGGUGGUGGUGGCGGUGGUGGCAGCAUAGCUGCUGGUUGUGGUGCUGGGGGUGGUCGCAAGAACGUGAAGACGCUGUUGAUUCUUGAGGGCUGCCCGAUCCCUCUCGGCUGCACUGUGCUGCUGAUGGGGGCGCCUUCAUCGGAGCUGAAGCAGGUGAAGCAGGUGAAGAGGGUGAAGAGGGUGAUGCACUUGCCAUGCCUGGACUUCAGCUCUCGGACUCACAGCCCCACCACUGCCCUUCCCCCCUUCCUGCCCAAGCAGGUGCUGCUGAUGGGGGCGCCUACAGCGGAGCUGAAGAGGGUGAAGAGGGUGAUGCACUUUGCAGUGUUCGCCUCCUACCACCUCGCCCUCGAGACCUCCUUCCUUGCAGACGAAGGCGCCCUCCCCCCCGGCAUCGCUCCCUGCCCUCCUCUCUGUGCCGCGUUACCUCCUCCUGCUCCUGCUGCUCCUCUCAUUUCCGCUCCUGCUGCUGCUGCUGCUGCCCCGUUUCCCGCGGUUGCUGUUGAUCCUCCUCCUCCUGCUGCUGGUGCGGGUGCUGCUGCUGCUGAGGCGGCUUUCUCAGGUGAAUCUGCCGCUGUUGAUGCUCCAGCACGGCCUAGAGAUGGUGGGAUUGGGGAGGGUGAUUGUGGGGAGCAAGAUAGACUAGCACAGGCACAGGUCUCUGGUGCUCUCGUUGGCUCUCAUCUGCCAGCUGGCGUGCCGCCAUUGGCCAGUGAUGUUCCGGCAGCGCAGCCUCAUCUGCUUGCUGACGUCAUGGCUGCUGACGUGGCUUCUACAGAUGAACCUGCUGCUGUCAAUCGUUCAGCCGGAAUCAGUGCUGGUAGUAUUAUCACCCCGCCUCCUGCUAUAGUCACAUCUGUACCCGCUAGUAGCAGCAGCACUGGCAGCAACAGGCCGUCGCCUCGCCGGAUCGCACAGCUAUCAGCAUCUCUAUGGGCUAGUGGGGUGUCUUCUGUGAGAGAGUGUGUGAGGGAGAGUGGGGAGGGUGUGAGAAAGAUUGAGGAGCAUGUGAGGGAGGCUCCAGAAGACAGUGAAGGUCGAAACAAAGAGGAGGCGGGCACUGGGGAAACAGGAGGAGAAGGAAACUCAGGUAGAGGGGCAGGGGAGGCAGCAGGCGAGGCGGCAGGGGGAUCAACAGCGUGUGAGGCGAAGAAGGUUGCUGCUGCUGCUGCUGCUGGUGCUGCUGCUGGUGAAGGAAAGAAGAGUGAAGUGAAUGCGGCAACACAAGGAGGGGCGUUGGAGAGUGAAUUGCCUGCUGUAGCAGCAGCUGCAGCACCAGCACCAGCAGAGGUAGCAGGUGGUGAGGGGAUGAUGGCGCAUGCAUCAGCACAGGGGCAGCAGCCACUGGUGGGUGAGGAGCUGCCCUUGAAUCAAUCACAGCAGCCUGCAGGGGUGCUUUCUCCUCCUCCUCCACAGCAGCCGGAGCAGCAGCGGCAGCAGGGGGGGGUUGGCAUUGCGAUUUUGCUGGAAGGAACAGAUUCCGAUGCUUCUGCUGCUGCUGCUGCUGCUGCUGCUGCUGCUGGUGAUGCAUUUCCCACUGCAACUCCCCACCUGGCCCACCCACUGGCGCCGGUGUCCCCCUCAGAGCACCAGUCGAUCCUGGUGUGGGCGUCCAGCCGCUGUGUGUCGCGCAAGCUGCUGUGUGAGCCGCCGGAGCUGAUGAGAAUCAAGUACUACGGCGAUAGGGACAUGCCUCUGGGGCACUUUCUCACCCAGUUCGUGCUUAAUCCUCUCUGGCGCUGCAAGUGCGGCAUGCCAUCACAGGACCACGUGCGAGUCUACUCACACAAGGAGGGCUCCCUCACCAUCUCCGUGCGCAAGGCAGACGACAUCCUCCCCCCCACACACCCCCUGCAACUGCCAGGGGGAGGGGGAGCAAGCGGGGGGAGAGGAACCUAUGGGGGCAGCGGAGGGGGGUACGGGGGAGGGGGGACGAGUGGAGCAGCAGGGGAGGGGGAUAUGGGGUGUGGUCAGGACGCUGGUGUGUCUGGUGGUGUGUCUGGUGGUGUGUCUGGUGGUGUGUCUGGUGGUGUGUCUGUUGGGUCGUCUGGUGCUGCUGCUGUGGGCGGUGCAUGCCCGCCGCCCGCUGCCCCCCGGUGCAUCUGGAUGUGGCACCGCUGCCGGCAGUGCCGCCCGGUGGACGGAGUGGCGCCGGCCACGCGCCGCGUGCUCAUGUCCGAGGCGGCGUGCAAGCUGUCGCUGGGAAAGUUCCUGGAGCUUUCGUUCACGAAUCAUGUGGUGGUGGGGCGGCUGGCGGCGUGUGGGCACUCGCUGCACCGCGACUGCCUGCGCUUCUACCGGAGUGGCGAGAUGAUAGCAUGCCUGGCCUACUCGCCCAUGCACCUCUACUCCGUCUGCCUGCCGCCUCUACGCCUCAGCUUCAACCACCGCCAGCAGCAGCAAUGGCUCGUGGACGAAUUUAACGAUGUGGCGGAGGCAGCGGAGCGCGUGUUCAUGGACAUCAUGAACGCUCUCGAUGCGCUUGCAGCGCGACUGGCACAGGGCGGCCCGCUGUCUGCCAGCCGCUUCCCCGAGGCCCGGGCCAGCCUGGCGCUGCUGGAGGCUACCCUGCAGCGCGAUAAGGCCGUGUUUGAUAAUAAACUCCAGCAGGCAGCACCGGAUUUUAGUCUGCCCGCUGGGCAGCCCGUGACGGACAUUCUGGAGCUGAACCGGGUGCGGCGAGAUCUGACCGGCCAAUUGGCUGAGUGGGCGGAGCGGCUGCAAAGAUUAACGGCGGAGAUUCAACAGCCGCCACAGCAACGAGCAGCAGUCAUGGCAGCAACCCCAAUGCAAUCCGAAGCACCAGUAGCUGCACUUGAGGCAGAAGCAGCGUCAGAAACAGGUGGAGAAGAAGCAAGGCCACCAGACGGCAGGAAAGGCGCUGGUCUAGCUACGGGACAGGUGUCAUCCAAUGAUUCGCCACCAAAAGCCAGCCCGAAACAGCCGCAGCGGCAGGUAGAAGGCGGGUCUCUGGAGGUGCAAGGCAGGGAUAGGGAUGACUCCGUGGGGCUGUUCAGUCCCACUCUUGACCUCGCCGCCCGGGCCGCUGAGGCUCGGCGAAAGAAGGCCUGGGAGACGGAGGCUCGGGAAAUAGAGGCCCGGGAACCGGAUGCAGCAGGAACAGAGGCCCGACAAGCAGGGACAGAAGAGUCCCUUUUGCCAGUAUUGGAAGCUUCGGGGAAGGAGGUUAAAUACGAGGGAGAGCAGGAGGUUGAGAGUGGUUCUGGGAGAGUGUUGCUUGAUGGUGGGAAAGGAGGAGUGGAGGAGAGUGGAGUGGAGGGGAAGGGAGAGGAUGGAGUGGAGGGAGUUGGAGGAGAGGAGGGUGUUAAGGGGAGUGGGUUGGAGGAGAAGGGAGAGGAGGGUGUUAAAGCAAGUGAUAUGCAUGGGAAUGUAGAGGGUGGCAGUAAGGGAGAAGUGGGGGAAGGCGGUGAGGCGGUAGCCCUACAUGCACAAGGUGGUGACGCUGAGAGUGAGUGCGAGGCUGAGGCAAGCAGCAUGCUGCGAGUGGGUAUCAUAGAUGCAUUUGAGGAGGAGAAGCCAGAGGCGAAUGAUGAGAGCAUGGCGCCCCUUACUCUGACGUGGCGGUCGCUGAGUCAGCAGCGGAUGCUGCAGCAGUUGCUGACUGGGCGGUUGGAGUGGCAGGAGCAGCAGUGGUGCCACGUGCGCUGUCAGUCGGACAUCUCCCUCGUCAACAGUGCUGCAUCGCUGGUGGAGGGACAGGCUCAGGUGGGCGAGGAAAGGGAUGGGGAAAGAGAUGUUGAGGUGAAGGCAGGGGCGGUGGAGGAAAGCGAGGAGAAGGCGGGGGAGAAGCAGACAGAGGAAGGCGAGACAGGGGAGGAGAGGACAAACGAGGAGAAGGCAGGGGAGGGAAACGCACGGGAGGGAACGGAAGAGGAGGAGAACGCAGGGGAGGAGAACGCAAUGGGGACAGACAAGGUGAGUGCGGCAGAGGUUGCAGGUGAAGUGGAGGAGACAGCAGAAGAGGAUGCGGGGAAUUUUGAGGAGGGAAAGAAGGAGGAAUUUUCUUCUGAGGCUGGUGAUAGUGUGGAUGGGGUGGGUGUGAGGGAGAUGGUUGCUGAUGCUGCUGCAGAGUGCGGGGGCAGCGCUCAUUCUGAGACUGAUGAUUCUGAUGAGACUGAUGGGACUGAUGGGACAGCACAGGGCGCUGCUGUGGCGCUGGAGAGUGGGAGGGACCAGUACCCUCCGGCCUUGCUUGGCCGAGCACAUGUGCUGCUCCCCCCCGGCAUCGGCGGGCGCAUCAUAGCGGUGUAUGAGGACGAGCCCACGUCGCUCAUCGCCUAUGCCAUCUCGUCCAAUGAGUAUUACCGCGCCGUGCAUGGUGCCGCUGCUGUCCUCGGUUCCUCUGCUCAAAACGCCAAUAGUGGUGCUGCUGCUGUCGCUAAUGCGUCUGCUGCUGGGGGAGGGAUUGCGAGUGCUGGUGUGGGUGCUGGUGCAGGUGUGGGUGUGAAUGUGGGGCAAAUAGGGAGUGUGUUUGGGCCUGGAGUGUCGGCCAGGGGGGUUGGGGGGAGUGGCAGAGUGGUGGAAUCGGAGGUGGUGGGGGCGAAAGCAGUGGGUGAGCUGGUGAGGCAAGCCUCUGCAGCAGCUGCGGCUGCAGCAGCAGUGGCGGCGGCGGCGGCAGUGGUUGAGUUGGAUGCUGCAGCAGGAGGAGGAGCAGCAGCAGCAGCAACAGCAGCAUCAGGACAAGGAAGUCCAGUAGCAGCAGUGGCAGCCGGAGGAGCCGUUUCCAGUUCAGCAGGCGCAGAAGGAGCAGCUAGAGAAGAGGCGACUUGCAGCAGUGCUGCCCCUCCAGCAGAUUCACUCACGCAGAACACCUGUCGCACCGAUGCCUCUCCGGCCGGUGCUGCUACCAGGCCGUUAGAACCUGCAGCAGCCAGCACAGAUGCUGGCGCAGCAGUGGAUGUACAGUCUACUACAGGUGCAGAGGCAGCAGGUAAGGAGUCAGCAGCAGGAGAAGGGAGAGGAGUCGAUCUAAUUACAGGAAGGGGAGAGGGAAGUGGAGCAGAGUUAGCGAGCUUAGGUGCAGGAGUAGCAGCAGCAGCAGCAGCAGCAGCAGCAGCAGCAGGAGAAGUGUGUGGGGCUGCAGAGGGCAGAAGCCUUGGUGGGGGAGACGAUGGAGGAGGUAUUGAAGCAGCAUCAGUGGCCCAUGGCAAUGGCAGUUCGACGCACAACAAAGGGCAGAGCCAUGAGCCAGAUGCUGCUUCAGCAGACAGUGCUGCAAAAAUGCGGGCAUCGUCUGAUGGAAGUGUUGUUAGUGCAGAGGGGAUGGGAGCGUGUAGGGGAGAGAGCGAGGAUGGUGAUGGGGAAGGGGAUGACCCGAAUGGGGUUGCUGGUAGUGGGGCUGGGUUGGCGAGCAGAGGUGUGGGGCCAGGUAGAGAAGAUAGCGAGGGAGUUGAGAGUGGUGGGGUAGGAUCUAGGGCCGAGCUGAGAACGCCAGGAGUGGAGGGGGAUGGUGCUAGUCCUGGUGUUGAUGUUGCUGAUGAUGGUGCUGCUGCUGAGGGCAGUGGCGCUAGUGGUGGAGGCAGGUGCGUUGAUUCCGGAGAGGAGGAGGGAGUAUGCAAGGCAGAUGCUGGCCCUGGGCUGUCGCCGCAAGACCCUCAGCCUGCAUCCUCGGUACAGCACGAUCCGUUACAGGCAAAGCCGGAGACAGCGCAACAAGUGCAACAAGAAGCGUCACAACCAGGGUCAGAAGCAUCGCAAUCACAACAGGAAGCUUCUCAAGCACAGCCAGAAGCGUUGCAAUCGCAGCAGGAACCAUUACAAGCGCAGCCAGCCGGGGGUGACACAGUGCCACUGCCUGUGCCAGCCCGGGAAGAAACAGCAGUGCCAGCGCCGUCUCAGGAGGACCCGCUUUUAUCCCGGGAGAAGCGGCACGUGAAAGUGGCAUUCACAGUAGGGGGAGGUGACGAUACCCUGCCCUUUCCUGCACUACCCUUCCUCCCCGGCCCCAGCACCAACCCUGCUGGCACCUCUGGCACUGUAGGCAGCAGUGGCAUUAGCGGCAUUGGCGGCAUGACCAGCAGUGGCAUGAACAGUGGCGGUAUAGGCAGUGGUGCGUCGACGCCGGUGGGUGCCGGUAGCAGUAGCCGCCGCCGUGGGAUUGCUGGUGGGGUUGGUGGGGGGAGCGGCUCUGCAGCGUCGUUCCAAGUGACCGCUUAUUUCGCCAAGCAGUUUGACGCUCUCCGCCGCAAGUGCUGCUCGCCCUUCCCCCCGCUCGCCCCGGCCGCUGCCUCAUCCAGUCAGCAGAAGGCUGGAGCUGACACAGGAGAAGGGACAGCAGCGGGGACAGCAGGAGCAGCAGGGGCGGCAGGCGCAGCGGCGGCAGGGGAAGGGGUGGUGGACGGGAGUGGCGAUGUGGAGUUUGUGCGCUCGCUGUGCCGCUGCAAGCGCUGGAGUGCCGAGGGCGGCAAGAGCUCCGUGUAUUUUGCCAAGACUGCGGACGACCGCUUUGUCAUCAAACAGGUGGGGCGAAGCUUUUUAAUUUCUCAAAUCGACUCAAACAGCCAAGCCCUUGUGUUUUCCCCCUCCAAUCUCCCUCAUCCCCGUUAUAAGGUGCAACGCAAGGAGAUACUGGCAUUCCUGGACUUCGCCAACGACUACUUCAAGCACCUCUUUGACGCCAUCGAGUCUGGCAACCCCUCCUGCCUUGCCAAGAUCCUCGGCCUCUACCAGGUGACAGCAAAGGGCGUGACUAUGGACGUGAUGGUCAUGGAGAACCUGCUCUACGGCCGUCGGAUCACCAAGCUCUACGAUCUCAAGGGCUCUCGUCGCUCCAGAUACAACGCAGACCGCUCCAAGAGCAGGGUACUGCUGGACGAGAACCUUCUAGAAGCCAUGCCCACGUCGCCCAUCUUCGUGGGAAAACGAUCCAAGCAGCUGCUGGAGCGCGCUGUGUGGAACGACACUGCAUUCCUCGCGAAGCACGCAAUUAUGGACUAUUCGCUGUUGGUGGGGGUAGAAGAGGAGCGGUCAACACUGGUGGUAGGAAUCAUAGACUUCAUCCGCCCCUACACAUGGGACAAGCAGUUGGAAACAUGGGUCAAGGCGUCUGGGCUUCUAGGGGGCGGCGGGGCAGGCAAGGACUCUACACCGACGGUCAUAUCUCCAUCCAACUACAAGAAACGGUUCCGGAAGGCCAUGCAGACGUACUUUGUGAUGGUGCCCGAUCAGUGGGUGCCGCGGGUGCCGGAAAUUGCUACUACAGCUGCUGGUGUGGUGGUGCCCGCUGUGCUGCCGCCUAGGCUUGUGCAGCCAGGGGAAGUGGAGCAACAGCAGAAGCAGAACGAGCAGCAGCAGCAGGAAAAGCAGUAG